GGCGGGGCGACGGCGGGCGGCGGCGGCGGCGGCGGCGGCGGCGGCAGCCGGGAUGGGACCGGGCGUCGCGUGCUGGAGGGGCGGUGGCGUCCCGCGCGGUUUCAGGCGGUGGCUGGCCUCGGCUGCCCCCGCUCCCCGCGUCUGCGUGGUGGGCAGCGGGCCCGCCGGGUUUUACACGGCUCAGCACAUCCUCAAGCACCACGGCGGGGCCCAGGUGGACAUCUAUGAGAAGCUGCCCGUUCCCUUUGGGCUCGUCCGUUUUGGGGUGGCCCCGGACCACCCUGAAGUGAAGAACGUGAUCAACGCCUUCACGCAGACGGCGCGCUCGGAGCGCUGCGCCUAUUACGGAAACGUCACCGUGGGGAGGGACGUCACGGUGGCAGAGCUGCGGCAGGCUUACCACGCCGUGGUGCUGAGUUACGGCGCUGAAGAUAACCGGGUCCUGGGGAUCCCAGGGGAGAACCUCUCUGGCGUUUAUUCGGCCCGAGCAUUCGUAGGCUGGUACAAUGGGCUGCCCGAGAACCGGGAUCUGAAGCCUGACCUGAGCUGCGAGACGGCGCUGAUUCUGGGUCACGGGAAUGUGGCGCUGGAUAUUGCCCGGGUCCUCCUGUCCCCGCUGUGUCUUCUCAGGAAGACAGACAUCACUGACGGCUCCCUGGCAGCUCUCGCCUGCAGCAAGGUGAAGCGUGUCUGGCUGGUUGGGAGGAGGGGACCUCUCCAAGUUGCUUUCACUAUCAAGGAGCUGCGGGAGAUGAUAAAUCUGCCUGGUGCCAGACCUGUCCUGGACCCUGCUGACUUCACAGGCCUCGAAAGUGCUGUUAAAGAUGCCCCCAGGCCCAGGAAGCGACUGACUGAGCUGAUGAUCAAAACAGCCCUAGAGAAGCCUGGGGAGGAGAAGAUGGAGGCGCAGGCAGCAGCCCCCAGGGAGUGGGGGCUGAAAUUCCAGCGCAGCCCCCAGGAGGUGCUGCCCACCGCUGACGGGAGGCGGGCGAGGGGCGUCCGCCUGGCCCUGACCCGCCUGGAGGGCUCAGGUGACUCCGCCAAAGCCAUCCCCACUGGAGACGUGGAGGAGCUGGAGUGCGGGCUGGUGCUCAGCAGCAUUGGCUACCGGAGCCUGCCCCUGGACCCAGUGGUACCCUUCGACACCCAGCGCGGCAUUAUCCCCAACAGCUCGGGCAGAGUGGAGGGUGUCUCAGGUCUGUACUGCAGCGGGUGGGUGAAGAGAGGACCCACGGGCGUGAUCAUCACCACCAUGAACGACAGCUUUGACACUGCCCAGUCUGUGCUGGAGGAUCUCCAGAUGGGUGUGCUGGACGUGUCCAUCCCCAGAGAAGGCUUUGGGGCUGUGGAGAGCAUCCUGCGCAGCCGAGGGGUCCGUCCUGUUUCCUUCUCGGACUGGGAGAAGAUAGAUGCUGCUGAAGUGGCAAGAGGCAAAGCUGCUGGCAAACCCCGGGAGAAGAUAGUGGAUCCUCAGGAGAUGCUGCAGCUGAUUGGUCACUAAAGCAGCAGCAUUGGGAACGUGGUGCUGGUCCAGCUGGCCGUGCCAGCGGGUUACAGAUGGGGUCUGGGAGCACGGGGUUUGUGCCUGGGGCUAGUGGCUGCUCUGGGGAGGUGUGUGACACUUGAGCCUCUCUAGUAAUGAUGAACUCUGCGUUCCCAAAGUGAAUGUCUCAAAACAUCAGGCUGCUGGCUGGCCCUGCAUCUCUGCAGCCAGCUGCCACUCCUGGGGGAGUUGCUCGUCAUUCGUGUCCUUCGAGCACUAAUGAACUGGCCGGUGCAGGUGAGGGGAGAUGUGCAGCUGGCAGGAUCCCCGGCCGGGCACUGUCCCCAUGGCAAGCCGCACAGAGAAACCUCCUGGUGUCUUGCUGCCUCCCCCCUUUAAGCCUCAAGCCAAAUGGCUUCGUUGCCUUGUCAUUCGUGCCCAAGCAGGCUUCUUUUAAUCACUGUUUUUUAAAUAAAUCCUUCCAGGAAAGCCAAAUUGGACCUGCUGCUUGAGUCUGGCUUCUUUGUCUGUGACUGACUUAAUCUCGGAGCAGCCAGCCGAGCACCGCGUCUCCUCUCCUGCGACGUGUCCCAAGGCAAUGCAGCUCCUCGUGCAGGGAGGGACUGUUUGCUCUCCGCUUGGUGUGAGCUCUAAACAGACAGACAAGGGCAUUAACUUGCCUUCUGCCUCCCACAGUUAAACCCCGUCAGAGCCUGGGUCCAGGCUUGUGGCGUGGAUUAGGAUAACAAGCGUGUAAUUGCCUUGUUCUGGAUCACGAGGGAUCCUGUGUUCGUUGGUACCUGCCAGCUCUGACUGGUGCAAGCAAUGCCUUGAGCCCUUUCACUUCAUUCAGUGGUGGGUUGUUUUGUUGGGUUUUGUUUUUUUUUUUUUGGCCUGUGUGUUUUGAAGCUUAUUAAAUGCUUCUCUUAGCUCAAAUUGACUCUGGUGAUGGUGUCAGGUUUUAGGUCGGAUUACAAACCAUGAGACAUAAUCUCUUUAUCUGUGGAGCAGGGGCCGUGGCAGCAUGGCCCCCUCCCCUGGCCGUCCUGCCACCCACCCUGUUCCUGACCCCCUGCACUCCCCACGGGAGCGCUGCAGGAUUGCAACUGCUCCUCUCUGACCUGUGGAAACAGUGACAAAGGCAAUUGGUGGUGGCUGCGUGUCAGAAACAAAUCGGGCUCAGUGGUGGAGGCAGAGGGUAAACUGAGCCAGGGCAGCCGGCGGGGGUUUGUCUCAGGUCCACGCUCAACCUCCAUCUCUGCUGAGCCCUCUCUUGUGGUCAAGGACUUGCCCACCGGGCACUGUACUCCCACCCCAACUCUGGUCCAACCUGAGGGAAGGGAGAUCUCCAGCUUCUCUGUUUUUUCCUUUUUUUUUUUUCCCCUCCUUCUUUUUCUAUUUAAAUCUCAUUUGCAAGCUCAUUAAGAAACUCAGGAAAUGUGAUACUGGGAACUCGUACACAAACGAGCAAUAAAGCUUUUGUCGAGCA